CACAGCGGGGGACGAAACCGGCAGCUGCACAAAUUUCGGAAGUUAGCUGAUGUAAACGUUCUGUAAAUUACACGUGAAUAAUUUGGUCGGCUAAGGGAUGAAAACAAACGUAACCGCGGAAAGAAAAGGAUACCGGAUUUGACAGAUUUAAGACAAUUAAAUAUCCCUUGAUAUGGACCCUCUAUCAUGAAUCGAUGGUCGCUGGGCACGUCUCUCUCAGGUCGACUUGAAAAAUGAAUGCCUUCUGGCCUCAAAGGCCUUGAUAUGAAAGUUCUGUCCAUGCAGAUGCUCCGCUGGCUUUGUCUGCUCACCCUGAGCCUUCCUCUGUUGUUUUGGGUUGGACAUGUGAUCACAAGGGACGGUCCACCACCUCCUGCGCGCAGGAAAGGACUCAGGGGCUACACGAGAAUCAGUCCCGGCAGGAUGGGCCAGAUAUUGGACAUGAACUGUAGUCAGUGUGCUUUGGUCUCCAGCUCCGGUCAGAUGCUCGGAGCAGGUGCUGGAAAGGAGAUAGACAAAACUGAUUGUGUGAUCCGGAUGAAUAAUGCUCCCACAGAGGGGUUUGAGAAGGACGUUGGGAGCCGCACAAGUGUUCGAGUUGUGUCUCACACCAGCGUUCCCCUGUUGGUAAAAAAUGAGCAGGAUUAUUUCCAGCAGUCGGCAGACACCACAUAUGUGUUCUGGGGUCCUGAAAGAAACAUGAGGCAAGAUGGCAAAGGACACAUUUUCAACGCCCUCCUGAAAAUGGCAAAAAAGUAUUCAAAUGUCCGAAUGUAUGCUGUGACAAAAGACAAGAUUGAGUACUGUGACGGAGUGUUUCAGAACGAAACUGGGAAAAACAGAAUGAAAACUGGGGCGUUUCUCAGCACUGGAUUCUUCACAAUGAUUCUGGCCAUAGAAAUGUGUGACAGCAUCCAUGUUUAUGGAAUGAUUGAUGAUAGCUACUGCAGCCGAGCCAAUCACAGUGUUGUUCCCUACCAUUAUUAUGAACAAAACAGAAUCAAUGAGUGCAAGAUGUACAAGGUCCACGAGCACAGCCAACGCGGAGGCCAUCGCUUCAUCACUGAGAAAGCCAUCUAUGCCAAAUGGGCAACACACCACAGGAUUGAGUUCAAACACCCCACUUGGAGCUGAACAUUUCUCUGACGUAUAAACAUAGAUUGGAAUGACUACAGGUCAUUAAAAUACAAGACUGUAAAUUAAAACCAGUCAAUACCAUAGCUGCUUUUAGCUUCUUUAUAACUGUGCCUUCACUUUUGCUCUUAUUCUGUAGUGUUUUACUUUAUGCUUCAAUCUGUAAUGUAAAGCUGCAGUAUGUACAUUUCCUGUGAGACAGAAAAUACAUUAUAAUUAUAUACAUAGACUGUAUAUAAAAGAUAUACGUAGCUUAAAAGCCACUGUCCCUUAAACCUGCUUCAAUUCAAAUGGCCAGCAGGGGGCAACUCAUCUGAUUUUUAAAGAAAACAGCCCCUCUACUCCCGUCCCUGUCACCUCAAACACAUUCCUAAUAAGUCUGUGGUCUCAGUUGCCAGUUUCAAGUCUUACUGAAUACAACGUGAUGUUCCUUUUAUGAAUUGUAUUCCCUGCUUAGAGUCAAAAUGAACAGUGAUCGGGGUAUUCUUUACCUUUUGGUUGACAAGUCACUGCUAUUUGAGCAUACACUGUCCCUCAACUUCUCAUUCAGAACCCCCCACCCGGAACAUUUGUGAGGUCAGACACUGAUGUUGGAUGAGAAAGCCUGGCUCACAGUCGCCGCUCUAAUUCAUCCCAGAGGUGUUCUGUCGGGUUGAGGUUAGGACUCUGUGCAGGCCAGUCAAGU